AUACGUCAAUCAAGCCAUGCGGAAAUUCUUUAGCACCUCACACGAACUGUCCACAACGUAACAACAUCGGAACGCGUCCAUUUCCACUACUAACUCAAGGCCUAACUCAUACAGGAUGGCAAUAGCGUUCUUUAAAUUUGCCUCAGCACUUUUUACUCGGGUGAUAUUCUUCGUGCAUGGUUUCGUAAGCGUGUAUUUAGUAUGGCUCAGCAAGAACAAAGACUCUACAUAUUGGUGGCUAUCCACUGGCCUUGUGUUGCUAUUUUUUGAAACGAUCUAUACCAUCCUUAUGCGCAAAGGGAAGGAAUACAAAUAUUUCUGGCCCAGCAGUCUCCUAUACAUGGCUACAGUGCUACCGUCCAUAUGGGUGGCUGAGAUGAGCAUACUGCAUGCCAAGCAGACAGACCCUAAUUGUGAAUCAAACUCUGCCAGCACUGUAUACGCACUUGGUGGAGGGAUUGUCUUCAAGACUGAUCGAGAUACGCUUACACAAAAGUGGUCCAAGUUGGGUCUUAUACUUGUCAUUAUUGUGGCACGGUGGCUUCUCCCACGUGGUGAGCUCACCCGUGACCAGUUAUCAACACUUCUAUUGGUCUACGUUGCUAAUGCAGCUGAUAUCAUGGAGCUGUUUGAGUUGUUUGAUGACGAGCCAUUGCUAUGGUGCAAGAAGGGCGUGGCAGAGUCAGUACUCGUCACAUACACCUGGUGUUUCAUGCAGUUCACACUCGUCUUCACGGCUACAGCGAAAUCUGAGCCUGACGAAGUAACAAAACAGGCAAAACCUGACGAAUGGAAAACGCCCGGUAUCGAUAAGACAAUGCCCAAGUACAUUCGCAAGAUGAUCAUGAGAAAACGAAAAGAGAAAGUACAACGUAUCAACAGAAUAUUCAACACAUCGCGGGAAAUCCCAGGCGAGAACACCGACAAAGAGAAACCCAUAGAGCUCAUAAGCUACACCAGGCGGAAACGCAAGCGCUACUCCAUUCAAGAUACAGUGCAGAACGUGGUGGCGGUACAACGCGAAGUUCGCCGGGAGGAAGAAAUCAUCGAGGAGGUGAUUAAAGAGAAAGAGAAAUUGCGGCUCCAUGGAGACUUGUAUUCAAUUCUCACCAUCAUGUUAAUGCAAGACGGGCCUUUCCUUGUACUCAGACUUGUAAUGCUUGUACAAUUCCGAGUAGAUUCCGAGAUGCAUCUGUUCUUCACGGGAAAAAACGCGAUGGCGCUGGCCGUACUCUUUUACAGACUUCUAGUGUUGUUGUACGAUAGCAAAGAGGAUGACGACGAAGACGAAGGGGGGGAGGGUGGGGACAGGGACUCUGUCGCCACUGUGUCAGACACUAAGUCGGUAAACAGCAAUACUAAACUUGCGACGUCUGUAGUGUAAGCAUAUCAUUGAUGGAGAUUACACCAUUUUGUAUGGAAAUCGCCCUUGUAAAUUACCACGUGAAUCUAGAAUAGCAUAUCGUAUUUAUUUUCUAUAGAGCGGUCAGAGCGGUUUGACCAAAUAGUGUUUUGGACAGAGUAAGUUAUUAUUUUAGUUAUCAUUAAUAGCUAGGGUAUUUUGAAAAUCUCAUUGUAUUUUUUAUAGUGUACAAAGAUUAAAGUUAUUUUCCUUUUUUUAAAAAAAAA